ACUUCAAGUGAGAGGAAACACAGCAACACACACACACAAAAAAAAAGCCAUGGUUGUUCUUAAACACACCGGUAUUUUUCCCCGUUUCGCACUCCAUACGGCAUCCUUUUUUUCAUUUUCUCAGCUCGAUCGAUCAACAAUCAGUGAUUCUACAACCAUUUCCUAUUGAUUGUUGCUCUCUAUUUUCUCUCCUCCUCUUCUUUUGCUGCUCCUUUGAGUUACAAAACUUUUUUUUUUUUGUUGUAACUACUCAGUUUAGAGUCUCUUACAGUGGAGAAGGAGAUUUGGAUGUGGAUUAUCCAACUACUAGGGUUUUGUUUUCAAGUAUUUGUGGUUUGGGAGCUUUGUUGCAGAUCUAAUUGAUUUUGCAUUUAGGUGCUUUGUUGCACUGACAGAGCUUGAUGUUUUGGUAUGGUUUUUGUUCUAGGAGGUGAAGAAGUGAAUGAACUGUGUGGAUUUUUUUGGCUUUGGAGUAUAGUUGGUUUUAGAGGUUGUGAUUUUUGAAAUUUUUGGAGAAAGGAAACUUGAAGAUGAUGAAUCGUAGUUUUAGGGCUUUGGAAUCGCAAAUGCAAGCUCCGGUGAAACGGCAGCAAGUUGGAGGACUAAGGGCAUCCGUCAUGAAAGAUAAAGAGGAGGAGCUUGCCUUGUUCUUGGAAAUGAGAAAGCGUGAGAAAGAGAGGAACGAUCUUUUAUCUAAUAACGCAGAAGAGUUUGAUGCCCCUUUAGCAACAAAACCAGGAACUUCUCCAAUUUUUAACAUCUCAGCAACCCCAGCCCCUACUCGCAAGACUGGUGCCGAUGAUUUUCUGAAUUCUGACAAUGAUAAAAAUGAUUAUGAUUGGCUUCUAACUCCUCCUGGAACUCCUCUUUUUCCAUCUUUGGAAACUGAGUCAGAAAGGGUCUUAAUGAGCCAUGCUACUCCAAUGGGUCGUCCCAAUGUGCUGAAAUCUAGACUUGCAAAUCUCCAACAAGAACCUACUACGAGGAGCAACAUGGUCUCGAAACAACCAGCUUCUUCUCCAGGGUUGACCUCUUCAAGUGUAGGGAUACGUCGACCUUCAUCAUCUGGAGGUCCUGGAUCAAGACCUGCUACCCCAACUGGACGUCCUACAUUAACCACAACAUCUAGACCUUCCAGAUCCUCAACGCCUACUUCUAGGGCGACUUUACCUUCAAAUAAACCUGUAGUUUCUUCAGCUAAGAUUGGAGCAGCUUCAAAUAAGCUGUCAACUGCGUCAGCCAAGCCUACAGUUACCAUGACUAAGCCCACUGUUUCCUCUACCAAGUCCUCAGUUCCUACAAGAUCUUCUACUCCAACAAGAUCAACAGCAAGAUCAUCAACACCGACUUCUAGACCUACCAUACCUCCACCUAAGCCCACAUCGAGGGCCUCGACUCCUACUCGCCGACCAUCUACACCAUCUAGUGCAUCAAGUGCACCUGUUUCCUUAGUCAAAUCUUCAUCAUCAAUUUCAAAGCCAUCUCCAACUGUGUCGAGGAAUCAAGCACCAUCGAGAGGAGCUUCCCCAACAGUAAAAUCCAGACCAUGGAAUCCUUCAGAGAUGCCUGGUUUCACUCUUGAUGCUCCACCAAAUUUAAGGACAUCACUUCCUGAUAGGCCACUUUCAGUUACAAGAGGCCGGCCUGGAGCACCAAGUGCACGAUCUUCUUCUGUAGAACCUGUUCCAAACGGUAGGCCAAGACGACAAUCAUGCUCUCCGUCUCGAGGACGUGCACCUAAUGGCAAUAUUCAUCUCAGUGGGGGUUCUGUCCCUGCAAUAAACCGUAUGCACUCUAAAGCUAAUGACAACAUAAGUCCGGUAUUAAUAGGGACUAAAAUGGUUGAAAGGGUAAUAAACAUGCGCAAAUUGGUCCCUCCCAAGCAAGAUGACAAACAUUCUUCACCUCAUGGGAAUCUGUCUGGAAAGUCUUCGUCGCCAGAUAGCUCGGGCUUUGGAAGAACAUUAUCUAAGAAGUCUCUGGAUAUGGCAAUAAGACACAUGGAUAUAAGGAGAAGCAUUCCAGGUAAUUUACGACCAUUAAUGACAAAUAUUCCAGCUUCUUCAAUGUAUAGUGUAAGAUCCGGGCCAUCUCGAAGUCGAACUAUCAGUGUUUCAGACUCUCCUCUUGCCACGAGUAGCAACGCUAGUUCUGAAAUGAGUGUGAACAACAAUGGUCUCUGUUUAGAUACACAUGAAAUUGAUGACGAAAUUGGCAGCGAGCGAGGGGGUCGAUCACCUCGCAGCAUGUGCGCUAGGUGAAGGUGAUGAUGGUUCAUUUGUGAUAAAUCAAAUGGUUGGUUUUGGUCAUCAACUUUGGUGAUGAUGGAAAGAUGAUAGUUGUGGAAGUGAUAACCAAAAUGAUGUGUUUAGGACUAAUGUAAAGUUGAUUGAGUGUUGUAUUUAUGUAAUUUCAGAGCUUUGUAUGGGUAGAGGAAGGAACAAAGUUAUAUGCUGAACUUUUACGCAUUUUCUACACGCUGAUUUUCUACUUGCUUAA